UUCUGGUUCUGCACCUUCAAUCUACCGAAAAUUCAUAUAAAAUUCUAGUAUCAAUUUAAUUUUACACAAAUGUUUGUUAGUUUUUGGAUUUUAAAUAAUCAGUGGCAAAAUUUUGUUUCUUCAGAGUAAAUACAGAUUUUCAUUGAAAAUUGUUCUUAUUGCAAAUUUAGAUUAUUAUCAAGAUGCAAGCCGUUUAUGAUGACAUGCAAUUAUAUGUGACAGGAGAUAGAAUAUUUAUUGAGCCCGUCUCACCAAACACCAAAUUAAUUGUAAUUGACAGAGUGUCUCAUGAUGUCACUGUUCAAGACAAUACAGGCCAAAUUCCCACUGGUGCUUCGCCAAAGCACAUUUAUGGUGUGUUAGGUGUAAUAUCCCUACUGGCUGGACCCUACCUCGUUGUUGUCACUGGGAAGUCUCGGGUUGGCACUAUCGCAGGACAAGAGAUUUGGAAACUAGACUCGGCAGAACUAAUAUGCUUUCAGCGGACCUUGACUCAUCUGACGGAUACUCAGGAACAAAUGAACAAAGUGUACAUUUCCAUGGUGGAGUCAGUGCUGGCUACUCCUUACUUCUUCUUCUCAUACACUUACGACCUCACUCACUCCCAACAACGUCUUCACAAUACUUCUCCUGAAUUUCUCAAGAUGCCACUUCACAGUAGAGCAGACCCAAGGUUUCUGUGGAACGGCCAUCUGUUACGACAACUCCCGGAGAAUCCAAGCCUGGACAAGUUUCUACUCCCCAUCAUGCAUGGGUUCAUCUCAAUCAAUUCAUGUUCAAUCAACGGUAAACCAUUUACCUGGAGCAUCGUUUCGCGCCGUAGCUGUCAUAGAGCCGGAACUCGUCUGUUUAUGCGCGGCAUUGACAAGAACGGCAAUGUUGCCAACUUUGUAGAAACAGAGCAGAUCGUCGAAUCAUCUGGGGAUAGAAGUUCAUUUGUUCAGACGCGAGGUUCAAUCCCUCUGUAUUGGCAGCAGCUACCAAACCUCAAAUAUAAACCAAGACCAACUUUGAUAGGGACGGAAAAUCAUACGGAGGCCUUCAUAAAACAUUUUGAGGCUCAAAUCAUGGACUAUGAGCGUCAAGUACUUGUCAAUCUUGUGGACCAUCGAGGUAGUGAAGGAGAAAUUGAAGAGGCUUACAAAAAUAUGGUUAACAGAGUUGCAAACCCAGAAAUAAGAUACGAGUCGUUUGAUUUCCACCACGAGUGCCGCAAGAUGCGGUGGGAUCGGCUGGCUGUCUUGAUUGACCGUUUGGCUCACGAGCAGGAUGAGUUUGGCUAUUUCCUACUGCUGCGUGACGGCACGCUUUCGUCACAACAGACAGGCGUGUUCCGGACAAACUGCAUAGACUGUCUGGACCGCACUAACGUCGUUCAGAGCAUGCUCGCCCGACGCAGCUUGACCACUGUACUGCAGAGGUUGGCAAUCCUGCGGCCUGGUCAGACGGUGGAGAAGCAGGACCAGUUUGAAUGGCUAUUCAAGAACGUCUGGGCAGACAACGCGGAUGUGAUCAGUACUCAGUACAGUGGCACGGGCGCGCUCAAAACUGACUUUACCCGAACUGGGAAACGAACUUACCUCGGCGCUCUGCAAGACCUCAGCAACUCUGUCACACGGUAUUACAAGAAUAACUUCAUGGACGGUUUCAGACAGGACUCUAUUGACGUGUUUCUGGGCUACUACCAGGUCAGCUCCAAGGAAUGUGUCACUGUUCAGUGUCCUCUGACAGUCAACAGAGGAUGGAAGUAUAUAACAUUCCCAAUGAUUUUCUGCGUUGCUGUUGCAAUGUUCUUCGCAAAUGUAAUCACUCCGACAGAAUACAGUACAGGCACUCUGUUAUGUUUGCUGUUCUGGGGCUCUAUGAUCACUGCCACGGGUGCGACAAUCCUCUACUACGGCCGUGAGUUUGUCGAUUAUCCGUGCCUGAGAGAGAUCUCCUACCCGCCACAGUCCCAGCCCUAGCGGUAAACACUUGUCUUGCCAGCAACUGUAAUAAAUCACAGGAGACUUAGCAGUUUCUCCUGAAACCACUGUCGAACUUUCCUUUAGUACUGCUGUUAAUGUAUAUAGUGAAAGAUGAUGAAGUAAACAGAUAUAAAAAAUAUUUGUAUGCAACUAGUACUCUAAAUUAUUUUGAAAAAUUGUAUAAUACGAUCCUGAAGAGUAUGAUUUGCAAGUGUAAAUUUCAUAAAUCUUAAAAAGUUAACUUCCAUCUUUCUUUAUUGCUAAAAGCAAUUAAAACUUUAUUGUUAAUAGUGUUGACUUGUACAGUUGGCUACUCCUGCACUCUAGUCUAUUUAUAAAAAUAAUAUGUGCAUUUCCAACCCCAUAGUUUCUUUUAAACUUGCCAAACAAGUUGGUUUGUUAGAGUUAACACUUAUGUUAGUUAAGUGAAACAUUCUGUAGUAUGUAACGUCAUUUUAUAGAAUUACAAUAUCAAUCUAUAAUAUAUUAUUAUAUUUGUUUUGAAAUCUUACAAAAUCUUGAUUGCAUUAUACUGUUCCCUUCAGGUUGUGUUAAAUCGUUAAAUGUUUUAACUCAUGGAACGUAGUUUACCUUCGUUUGAAUAACUGCCUCAAUUGUGAUGAUGCAACAGGUAUUGGUUAAUGGUUACAACGCAUGUUUUAAGAUUUAUAAUACUUUUCAGUUUUAGUGAAGUAACAAACAGUUUAAAUACAUAUUUAAAUGUAUAAUUAAUUACCUAAACUUUUAGAAUGGAAUAGAAAUAACUACAAGUUGAUUAAUCAAUUGUUGAAACCAUUUCACCAAUCAAGCUUGAUUACUGUGGCAGAGUUGGUUAUUGUUAGGCUGGAUCACAAUAGUGUUAACUAUUUGUGUUUCUAUUCUUUUUCUACACAAUGUGUAUUUCUCACUAAGCCUACUCAACAAAUGUCAUGUCAAUUGCAUUUGUUGCUUGUUGCCACAACUUCAUUAAAAGUGAACAUGCUUCCUUAGAAGUAUAAAACAUGUACUUAUCAAGUAGCUACAAUUGUGUGUGAAGCUGCCAUUUGUUUUCCAAAGGUAAUUAUCUGCACGUAGUGUGGCUGGUCUACAGGUUAAGUGCAGGUCUUAAGUUUCAGGCUCCUAGGUUCAAAUGCCAAUUACUAAUGGAUUUUACUAUGUUUUAUUUAAGCAUUUCUUAAUUUAUCGAUAGACCUAGUAUAUGAGGAGGAAUUUGUUAGUAGUUUAUUGGGUUGCUGAACUUGCUUAGUAAACUGAAGGUUGCAUGUUAAUUCAAAAUUAAACUCCUCCUGUUAUCAAGUGAAAGUAUACUAAUGCUACAUUACUGGCCUUGCCUCUGUGAUGUGAAGUUGUUACCUGGUUUCUGGCCGGCUAGCUUGGUGGCGGAGUGUAGCGUCAGUUUAGUGUUUUGAUUGUGUCUUUGUUUAGCUGUAAGGUUGUAAGUAAAGCAAUAUAUUAACAGUUCUUCUUUUCAGUGUGUUUAUAUUUUUCUACUUUUGCCUACUUACUUACUUUUACCUACUUGAUCUUUUUAUUGUUAUAUAUAUAUGUUGUAAAUAGUUGUUUUUUCAGCAAGUUUUUGUGACUGAACACCUUUUGAGGGUCAAUUUCCAAAUUUCCAAUGUAGCAUUAGUAUAUUUUCACUUGGUGGGAGGAGUUUAUCCACCUCCAGAAACAUGUAGUUUAAAACACAAGACAUGUUGGAAAAGUCCAAUUAAAUAAUAUAACAUAAUUUAACCUCCACCUUUGCUUCAAAGUAUGUACUAUGUUGUGUCAAAGUCUAUAAUAAUAUUCAGUUUCAGAGAUCUCUCUCAUCAAAAGCCAACUAAACUGUCUUUUAUACAUGAGUAAAUAACACGGGUUGCUUAAAAACCUCGUAGAAAUUACAAUCAUGCUUUUGUAUCAGUUUUACACUAGGAAUGAUAACGUUUUUUAUCUGUUAUGAAUAGGUGAGAGCAGUGCUCAAUUUGUAAACAAUUGAGGUGCCGGAACUGUAACCUAUUUAACGCAAUUAGUACCUACCUAUUUACGCCAAUAUUUUUAUCCUUAAAGAGAGGUACCAGACUACAUUCCCCCUCAAAUCGAGCACUGGCUGAGAGAUUCACCUCUGCAUUCAAUUUAAAUUCCAUAGUAUGUAAUGCUGAACUCAGGUGCUCAUCUAGGAUCUAGACGUGUUCUUUGUGAAUUAAUGUUGUCCACAUUUCAUAACUUGGUAACUGCAUAUCACAUUCGUAAGAUGCAUGAAAUGUAAUUUUGUCUGACAUGUCCCCAAGAGACAUUUGUAUGCCACGUGUAGUGUUGAGUAAAUGUAAUUUCCUGUCAUGGCAAAAUCAGCAUCGCAGCCAGUUGCUUUUUUUGUAAAAGAAUAAUUUUUGCUAUCCACAUAGCUUCAAUGAAAUCUGAAUUACCAAGGGAAUUGACAUAUACUUCACUGUUUUAUUAUGUAUAGUUGAGCAUUUUCUUUUAGGGUACGUGUUAUAUACAUUGUUUACGUCUUAUUUUUGUUUUCUAAGUAUUUUAUGAGUCUACGAGUAAAACUAAAUCAUUAAUCAAUUAUAAUAUGAUAUAAGCCUAAAUCAGGGCUGUCCAACUGUUGGUCUAUUCCUUGGCAAUAAUUUGUUUGUACUGUCAUUUAAGUAUUUUUGUGUGUGUUUACAAUUAUAUUUUUAGUAUAGGAUGUUUAUUUUGGUGACCUAUUCAUGUUGGAGAUCCCUGGUUUGUAUUUGAAAAUAAUCUUUGUUGUUGACUCCAAAAUUACUUUUACAUGCUGCGUUUGUUCCUACAGAUCUCCAACUAAAUCAAAUCUUCCAUUACCAAAUUAAAUGCAUUUAUUAUGAAUAUGUAUCAUCCAACAACAAAAAUGUAAAAAUGUGUUAUAGGUUAGCUGCAAUUUGUUAUAAACUUAAAUAAUAUAUGCUGUAAAUAAGAUCCAAUAUUCAAUCUUUUUCUGUCUCAGCUAACAAAUAAAUACUUUUAUCUUUUU